AUGACUUUUGCAGUUGCUCCAUCCUCACUGGCUGGCGUUUUAGAGCAGGGAAACAAGCUGGUAGAACUAGUUGAUCCAACCUUGGGAUCCGACUACAAUCAUAAAGAAGCAGAAACGAUUUUGGAGCUAGCGAUGAUGUGCAUUAACCAAUCCUCUUCACUCAGGCCCAUCAUGUCUCAGGUUGUGAAAGUCCUCGAAGGAAAUAUGGAUAUAAGAACCUUAAAAGAUGAGUUGGGAUAUGCCAAGGUCCUACCCAGUCUCUCUCAGCCCUCACAAUCUGGAAGCACUUCACAGGAAGGGACAUCAGUCCCUACUCUGUCUCAUUCUGUCAGCAAAGAAACUGGAGAACAAUCUGGGAUAUCACAACAAGCGACAUCAAGGCCUCUGGAUGAUGGUAAUGUUGAAAAAUAAACUUGAUGUUUUAUCUUUGCUGUGGGAGUUAUAUUUUUGCAUUUAGUUCAUGCAUGUGUUUAGUGUUGAUGGUGUGUUAUGAAAUGGAUGAGUGAUGUUUGAAUAAGUUUUAGUGGUUACAAGUGUUUUAGUGAGAUUGGAAUAUCAAUGUAUGGUUAUUAGUUACAUGUGUGACUGUAGUCUAUAUAUCCUGUAUAAUCUGUAAGACAAUUCAGUAUGAG